AUGGCAUUAUUAAUGUCUAACUGGAGAAGCAGACUGCCGUUGGAGUUGGACCUGGUAAGACGAGAUUCUGCGGCCAUUUUAAUUGCUGUUAAUUAAUUAUUUUUUAAUUUCUUUUAAUUAAUUUUUGAUUUUUCCCCAAAAAUUUGCUUUUUUCUCAAAAUUUUGCAGUCUUUCUUGACAACUCACCUGCUGGUUAAACUCUGUAAUCUCCCAAGGCUAUCACUCUUCAAAUUUAUUCAAAUUACCCCUAAUCCCCUGAGGCAAUGUCGGUUUUCAUCCAAAAAUUCGAUUCCAUUCCUGUCUGAUUCCAUUCUCCCGAUUUUACUCUCUCAAAUUCUAUCGUCAUGAGCUACGGAAACAGACAGGUAGGUGGGCCUUUGAUUGUAAGCAGUAGCAACUGUAGAAAGUCAAGAAACAGCUGACUUCUGAGUGUAUUGUAGUGGGGUAAACGUUGACAAACUGUUUUUUGGAGAUUUUUGUGUGAAAUUGGGGUGACAGAUGGUGAGAAGAGAUCAUUUUUGAGGUGCUCUUGGUUUUACAUGGCUGUAAUCGUAGUCAUGGCUUUUUUUAGGGUCUUAUUGGAACCAAGUUUCUAGGUUUUUCAAGUUUUUUCAGUGUUUUCGAAUUGUUUUCAAAAUAAACAAACAUAAAACUUUUCUAGAACAGUUUGGCCUUCGAUAAAAUGGGAAACUACUGUUAGUUUAUGCAAUAUAGUUUAAGCAAUCAAUAAUAUUUUGCAAUCAUUGAGUAGAAAUUGAAAGAGAUUCUUCUUUUUUGUCUGCUUUUCAAUAAAACUGGUAAAUUCUUUGCAUUUUUCUCCAUAAACUUGAGAGAUUUCACUAUAACAUGGCUGCCUAUGGCAACUUGUCUGUAUAGGGAGUGCUUUGAAAGAUGUUUUUUUCAGAUUCUUGGGGAAAAUUUUGUCAUCAAAGGUUGAAAAAACUGGCCUUUUUUGGAUUUUUAUCUGUCAGCUUUUUCAUAUCUUCUGGCCAUAAAGAUCGAACCGUAUCUCAGCUGCGCCUGCAAAACAAUAGCUAAAAUUUUCAGUAAAUAAAACGAAGGCUUUCAAGACUACCUAUGCAGAGUUUAAGGUCUUUGUGACACAUACCCUCGUAGAUAACGCCCAAAAGACCUCUUGCUCAUAAGGUCACUCUCUCCCCUUUCUUUUUCUCCAAAUUAUUACACUACUGAUAAGCCGAAUUACUUUGAAACCUCUGCUCCAAUCAAUCAUCGAUCCGUCCCCUUUACCUUCGAAUUAAAAUCUUUUUUCGAGUCGCGCUCCCUUCACUGUUUUAACACCCUCUCCUCAAUACCCAAAUGUUUGUUUUGACGCUUAAUUUAAGAAAGUUUUGAGGCCGCGACUUGCUCAAAAUCUCGAGUUCUACAAAUUGCUUGAGGCACGCAUGAUCAGGGAGCUUUUUUCCGGUUGUUUACUCUAUGUUCAUAACCGAUAUUAUUCUCUUUUUGUGUUUGCAGCAAAUCGAUCUUCUGAUUGCAUGAAUAAUAUUGGAAUUGAUGGGGAAAUUGGGGAGUUUAUGGAUGUGGGAAGUGUUAAUUAAGGGAAAUUAAGGGGCGAAAAGGUGUGAUAGAUCAUAAAGUUGAUAUUAUUUUCAUUUUUCAGAUGAUUUGAAGUCUGAAAUUGAGGGAAACUCAAAUUUUUGCCUGAUUUUUUUGGUUUUUUCGAUGAGUUUAGAAAAUUAAUGUUUUCUUCAAUUCUUUAAGUAAAAUGAACAAAUGUGCUUUGUUUAUUAUUUAGUUUGCAUGUCUGCAAUUAGUGGGUAAACACUAACAUUCGCUAUUUGCUCACCAAUUUUAUCUUAUCCAUCUUCAAGUCAGACCUCUUGGGUUCGAAAAAAUGAUUACUUUUUAAGAAAAUUUUACUACUUUAUUUCUUCCUAAACUUUCCUUUCUUUUCAAAAAUUAUAAUUUCUAUCGUUGCGCCUUCAGAUUUCAUGUUUUUCCCGUCACUUUUUUACCUUAUCCAUCCUUCAGGUACGGGUGAACGACGCUGGUCCGACGUCCGAAGCUCGGUUGCGCGACUACAUCACAUCCCGAGAAAAUAGCGGCCCACAGUCUGGCCGCGACCUGCUUGGCUUGGCCCACCUCAUCGACCGCCCGCAACGCAAAAACUCGGCUCCGGCCUCGCUCGACUUGAAGAUGGACGAGGCGCGGAACAUGGCGCUCCUCUUUUUCAUGGACCACCUGAUGCAGAAGAACGGUCGGCGGACGAUCCACGACCUCAGUUGCCAGUUCGGAGCGCGCGGAUUCACGCAGGAAAUGAGGGAUGCGGUGGGGACGACGCAAGAAGGACUCACCGAGUUCUUGUCAUCAUUUUCGUCCCUAUUUGAGGUUGAUGGAGAUCAGGUGAUCCUCAAGGGAUUUGGGGAAAUGGAUGGGAAAAACCAUUUGAUGCAAAUGCCUGCGGCUGGAAGGCAGAGGGAUUAUGAGAAGGAAGCGGUGGAAUUUUUCGAGCAAAAGUUGCAAAAAUUUGGACCAGAACUUCAGGUGAGGCUAUCAUGUCAAGUAGAACAUAAAAAAUCUUUCUAAAAUCAUAAAAAAAGUCUGACUCGGCCUUUAAAAGGUCCGAAAAGGGUUUUUUAUUGGGAAAAAUUUAGACAAUCAAGUCUUAAUGUGCAUAUUUUUAUAUUAAUUUAUUAAUAAGUCGUCUUCAGAUCAAAAGUUUGCUCGGCCAUCGUUCACAGGCCGCUCCAGAAGUCCGUCUUGUCUCCGGCCGUCAUCUCAAGGAGUUCUGUGAAUUCCUCCAAACUCGCACGGAGCAUUUUAUUGUCGAAGGAGACCGUGUUCGUCUUCGGAACAUGCCGGAACCGUCAGAUGAGGCAGUUGAACUGGAUGACGAAGGGAAACCUUUGGUCGGCGUUAAGGCCAAACAAGCGGCCGUCGAUUUCUUGAAAGCGGUUUUGGAGCAAAAUGAAGACCAGCCAAUUCCUCUGGACAAUUUUUAUAAGCGCUUUUGUGAGCGCUUUCCUCAUGCAGUGCGGCAGGAGGUUGCGACGAAUCCAAAAGAGUUGCUGCAGUUCCUGAAAUUGAAUCGAAACAUCUUCUUCAUCCGCUCCAACAAGGUCAGCCUUGUGAAGGCGCGGCCAGAGGAUGGGGAAUCCGAGAGUGGCCGAUCCACGGCCUCAGGCGAAAGUGCUGACAACAAUAACGUCCUCUUCCCUCUGUGCAAGGACAAUCUACACCGAAUUCACAUGGUCAAAGCGCUGAAACCGGCCACAGACACGGUUUUUAAUCUGAGGAACGAUCUGGAAUCUCAGAGCGAGCGCUUCUUGGGAGUCGAUUUCAAAUUGGUCUUUUUGGGAGGAACUGAAGAGUUCCUGAGUCUGAUUGUUGUGGCGUCGACCAGUCGAAUCGCUGUGUUCGAUUUGGCACAUUCGGAUUCGAUUUUGUUGGAGAGUGGGCUGAAGGAGUUGCUGGAGGACGAGAAAGUCAUGAAGGUAAGAAAAUAUCCCUCCUUUUACCAUGAACAUUAUGUACAAACAUCAAAAUUUUAUUUUCAAAUUCUUUGACUCCAACAUCUCAUUUACAGGUGAUCCACGAUGUCCGCCGAGUCUCGACGCUGAUGGCUCAACGUUACGCCGUCCACAUGCGGAAUGUGUUCGACACCCAAAUCGCGCACACCAUAAUCCAACACGAUAAAUUGAACAAACCCUUGAAUGAACUGCGUGCCAUUACUUUCAUCAACCUCCAACGAGUAUAUUAUCCCCAAUCUCUGAUGCAGAGUGACAUUACGCCGCGUAAAUUGUCGCAAACGGUCUCCUGGGGUACCCGGCCACUCUCCGAAGACAUGCUCUUGCAGGCCUCGGAGGAGUGUCAUUGCAUUGUGACCGCGUUGUAUCGACUGUUGAACGGUCAAAUGCCGGAGAAACUUCGGAAAUUGUUCGAGCAGAAAUGCCUGGAAGCACUGACGCCCAGUUCAACCAAACCGCCGCCAAGCUUGGCCAAUGGGAGCAAUGGAAAUUCGGGUUCUUUUGAAUUCCCCGCCAAUCUUUAUCGGUAAGUUAAAAGAUGGUAAAAUACGCUUCCUUUCGUAGUUGUAAAAUCUUCUAAUAUUUAAAGAUAAAGUAGGAGAUCUUGACGUAUUUUAAAAUACAAUUUAUUUAAAUUCAGACCCCCACAACGGCGUCAAUCUUCCACGACUUCGGCCCAUUCUCUGGGCGCAACUCCCACUCAAAAUGGACGUCUUGUAAAACAACAUUCGUCUCCCAAUUGGGCCAACAACAACAAUGGAACUCCUCCUCCAACGAACGGAGUCCUGUCGCCCGCUACUCCUCUCGCUCCACUCCACUGUACUGCCCCGUGUUGUGCGGGCCGUCCGAAAAUGGCCGACUCGAGCACUCAGACCUUUUCCACGGGCGAAAUCACCGUGUUGCAGGUGUAUUAUGAGACUUAG